AUGCCCUUCUUCUUCUCACCAGCGUUGAGCCGGCGUCAGAAAGGAAGUGGCUCAACAAGCAGUGUCAAUGCAACAGAGGCAAAGCAGAAUGCAAGUGUGCAAAAGAAAGCGCAUCUGAAGCGGACCUUGUCAACAAUUGAGAAAGACUCCUUGCGAUACAAGGCCGGCAAGGUCAAGCCUUGGAUGGAUGACGACGGCAACGUGGUGUGGUCCAAGUCCAGGAUUAUCAUUGGCGAGUGGGUCCUCUCACAGACCUUCGAGACAAUCAUGGGAGUGAUCAUCGCCACGAAUAUUUGCAUCAUGGUGGUAGAAUCAAACGCAGAUGCAAGUUGCUACACUUGGGCUGUGGAAAACAAUGAGCUUGAGAAAAUGCUAGAAAAGUGUCCUCAUCGCAGUUCCAGUAUUUGGUGGCUUCAGGUUGCCAAUAUCGUGCUUUUGGUCAUCUACAGUGUGGAGUGUAUGUUGCGUGCCUUCGUGGAACGCCACAACUAUUUGUGGAAUAGGUGGAACCAAAUCGAUUUGCUGACCGUAGUCCUGGGCUGGGCUGGUGUCGUCCUGGCAGCUGCGGCGUCAUUCUCUGGAUUCCAAUUCAAUGUGCUCCGCAUAACACGAGUGAUCAGACUGUUGAGGGCAGCUCGUGUGGUCAUUUCCAUUCCAGAAUUCUACAUCCUGGUGAGUGGAUUGACUUCCUCGUUCAAGGCCAUCAUCUUUGGCUCUGUGAUGCUGGUGUCGGUAAUCAUUGUUUGGGCAAUCAUUGGGGUGGAGCUGCUCCAUCCAUUGAAUGCGGGAAAGAUCUAUCCUGACACCUGCUGGCAUUGCAAAGAUGCCUUUGGAAGUGUCCAAGAGGCCGCAGUGACAAUCUUCAAACAGAUUGUCGCGGGUGAUUCGUGGGGUGAGAUCAAUGAACCAUUGGCGCUGGAGCACCCAGCCCUGAUCCCGCUCUUUUUUCUUCAUGAACGAGCGACAGAGGCGAGAGAGAAUGACCAAGCGAGAAAAUUGCAAAAGAAGGACGCGGAGCGCGAGGCCAACAUGGUUGAACUAGCACUGCUUUGUGACAGCAUGGAUGUGAAUGGCAAUGGAUCUCUCUCCCUGCAAGAGAUGCUUGAUGGCUACGACCAUAACCACCACUUCAACAAUCUGAUGCAAGAGAUGGACAUCCGACGUUCAGACAUCAGAACGAUCUUCAACGUAUUGGAUGGAGACUGUUCAGGUGAAGUGUCCUAUGUGGAGUUUUGCCAACAGCUUGGGACAUGCAGGAAGAGGGAUCCUGUCAUGAUGCACUCACUUAUCAAAUACUCUGUGAUGGAAGUGCAGAAGAUCCUGAACCACGAAAUCAUGGAUACUUUGAACGAGCAUACCGAGGCACUCAUUGAACAGAGAGAGAUGCUCAUGGAGCAGCUUCAGUUGCUCCAUGCCCUGCCGGUGGAUCCAAAAAUCAAAGAGGUGGCGCAGAAGAGACGCGCGGCCCGAGUCCUGCGUCGACAAGGCAAAAAGCAGGGGAAGCCUCAAUAUUUCGACGAGAAUGGCACAGCUGCCACAGCCUACAGCUCUCAUGGCUCUGAUGUUCAAGAGGAAGGAUCUGGGAUGGUAGCUCAUCAGGUCGUUAAUUCCAUGGAAAGCACUUGCCAAAGCUUCGAGGAGCUCCAGUCACAGAUGCAGUCCUUGAUUAGGUCUACAGAGGAGUUAUCCUCAAAGGCCACGAAUUCAAAGCAGGACUUGCUGGAGCCCGGAACAGGCACGUUGUUGGCAGUUCAAACAGAAGAUGCUCAAGCGCUCUCUGCAGACAGAAAUGAAAGAACCACCAGCCUCAAUGAAGAACUCGAGAGAAAGUUCUCGCUUCUUCUAGCCAAGCUGCGGCAAAGAAUGGACGACGAAGAAGUACUGCAACGAAGAUGUAAAGAUGCUGUCCAAGCUGUUGAUUCGCUACUCGCGGAUCAUAGUGGACGCUACUUUUACUGCUAA